AUGAGCUUCCCGUACGACAACAGCUUCCAGGGCCAGCCCGGCGCCGAGGACGCGAAUGCGCAAGGUGUCGCUGCCGCCCAACAACAGCCUCAAAUCGGCCAGCCAAUUGAGAGCGCUGCCGGUCAGUUCCAAGGCGCCAACAUGCCUGUUGGUGGCCCGGCGCCCGCGCCCGGUCCUCAACAGGGUGGUGACUCCAAGACUACUCUCUGGAUGGGCGAGCUCGAGCCUUGGAUCGAUGAGAACUUCGUUCGCAGUGUCUGGUUCGGCAUGGGCGAGUCAGUCAAUGUGAAAAUGAUCCGUGACAAAUUCUCUGGCAACAACGCCGGUUACUGCUUCGUUGAUUUCCAGACCCCCGAGGCCGCUGCCAAGGCCCUGUCCCUCAACGGCCAGAUGAUCCCCAACUCGACUCGCCCAUUCAAGCUCAACUGGGCUUCCGGCGGUGGCCUUGCUGACCGCCGCGAUGACCGUGGCCCUGAGUAUUCGAUUUUUGUCGGCGACCUUGGCCCCGAGGUCAACGAGUACGUGCUGGUCUCUCUGUUCCAGAACAAGUUCCCGUCUUGCAAGUCCGCCAAGAUCAUGUCGGACCCGAUCAGCGGCAUGUCUCGCGGUUACGGUUUCGUUCGCUUCUCUGAUGAGAGCGAGCAGCAGCGCGCCCUCACCGAAAUGCAGGGUGUGUACUGCGGAAACCGCCCGAUGCGCAUCUCCACUGCCACUCCCAAGAACAAGAGCGGUGGUGGUCCCGGCGCUGGCCCCAUGGGCGGCAUGGGCGGUCCUGGUGGUCCCAUUGGCAUGUACGGCAUGGGUGCUCCCCCCAUGGGUUACUACGGUGCUCCUCAGCCCAUGAACCAGUUCACGGACCCCAACAACACGACUGUUUUCGUCGGCGGUCUCUCUGGUUACGUCACCGAGGAUGAGCUCCGCUCUUUCUUCCAGGGCUUUGGCGAGAUCACCUAUGUCAAGAUUCCUCCUGGAAAGGGCUGCGGCUUCGUUCAGUUCGUCCAGCGCCACGCCGCCGAGAUGGCCAUCAACCAGAUGCAGGGUUACCCCAUCGGCAACUCUCGUGUCCGUCUGAGCUGGGGCCGUUCUCAGAACAACUCUGGCCCUGCAGGCACCCCUUACAGGCCCGCCCCUCCCCCGCCUGUCUACCCCAACAUGGGCAUGCCGCCCAACCCCUACGGCGGCUUUGCUCCGAUGAAGGUAGGAUAA